AUGUUUGUGAAAGAUUUCAGAAAGGGUUUUUAUGAUGUUGUGCAAAAUCAUAGAAUUCUGGUUUUGGUUGCCUUUGAUGUUGAUGCUCUGUGUGCAUGCAAAAUACUCCAGUGCUUGUUUCAGAGUGACCAGAUACUGUACACUAUAGUGCCUGUAUCUGGACGUGAGGAGUUGGAGCGUGCAUACAUAGAGAAUUCCGAAGGGAUCAAGCAUGUUUUGAUGAUAAACUGUGGAGGUACAAUAGAUGUAGUGGAGACAUUACAGCCUGAAGAAUGUGUCCGCUUCUAUAUCUGUGACAGUCAUCGUCCUAUAGACAUACACAAUGUAUACAAUGCUGUACAGGUGAAACUGCUAAUGAAGGAGGAUGAGUUUGAGGACCUGCCAGAAUAUGACCAAGUCUUCAGAGAUGAGACUGACGAUGAAUCGGGUAAUGAGAGUGAUGAUUCCGAGGCGUCUGGGAAGAGGAAAAGAUUUGAUGAUGAUUACUUAGAAAAGAAACGACAAAAACGAAUAUGGAAUGAAGAAAGGUCCAAAUUAUUAUUUGAAUAUUCUCAGUUUUCUACAUAUGGAACUGCUGCAGCAUUGCUUAUUUUUGAACUGGCCUGGAAAAUGUCCAAAGAUACAAAUGAUCUUUUAUGGUUGUCUAUCCUGGGAGUAACUGACCAGUACGUCCAUUAUAAGACACCGAGGGACAAGUACAUUGAUGAUGUCAUGGCUUUACAGUCCCACGUGUCUCGACACAACCACAGAGAUGACGACGACAACAUUCUCUCUGUAAACUGUCUGAAGAUCUCAUUUGAUGAAGAGCUCCAGCUGCCUUUGUAUCGACACUGGUCACUUUUUGAGAGCAUCAGUCACUCUACCAACAUGGCCUGCAAGUUCAAAGUCUGGACCCUGAAAGGACAGAAACGACUGCAUGAAUUCUUAGCAGAAAUGGGGAUGCCUCUUACGCAGUGUAAACAGAAGUUUGCUGCAAUGGACUCCAGUAUGAGAAACAAUGUGAAAACUCUAAUCCAGGACCAUAUGGCUAAAUACGGGUUGGUUCCUCAGGAUGUUGUGUUUCCCUCGUUCUUUGCUCAAUAUGGAUACAAGAACAAGCUCUGUGCUACAGACGUGGUCUUUGGAUGUGUAGCAACACUAGAGUCCAUAGAAAAAGGAAAGAGUCCCACAGACCACUUUCUCAAUGCUCUGGAUGUUUUACAGAGGGGGAAUGUGACUGCCUUGGAGAAGUCUCUUGUCUGUGCCAAAACACAAUUACAGGCCCUUGUCACACAGGUCCGCACCUUCCUUGACAUGCACCAGGUGAUCUCCGCUGGACCUUUUCUCUAUGCCUUCAUACAGGAGGGUACAGCAGAUGUGAAGUAUUUCUCCACCCCCCAAUGUUUAAUGAGACUGGCCAGAUUUACACAGGAGGCACACUGUUCUGUUAGUCGUAACAAGCGAGCCCGGUCGAUGCCGCUGGUAUUGGGAGCACCGUUAGACAGUGAGCAGGGCACGACUCUGGUGAUAGGGAUCCCACCCUUACAGCUUGACGACGAGAGGAAGAAUUUUUUUGGAAAAGCAUUUGAACAAGCAGCUGUAGGAUCCAAUGCUCGCACUUUACUGGACAGCUUUGACACUUUUGUGGUGGAAAUGAAGACAGAAGAUAAAAGCAAGUUCUUUGAUGCCCUGAUAAGUUUGCUGCAGUGAUUUUUCUUACUAAGGAAUAGCAGUGGGUUGUCAGCAUUGAACAUGGAACUAGUCUGAACUUAUAUUAACUGUGAUGACUGAUUGAAAGUGCAUGUACAGUGAAUGAAGACCAGUGAAACUCUGGUCAUGACAUUUCUAAAAUUGAUUGUGCUCAGAUUUCCUCUUUCUUAUUGAUGUUUCUUUGUUAAAAACUGUAAAUACACCUGUAUUUAAUAGGAAACUUAAUAUCAGUGAAUUUAUCUGGAAAGUGGCCUCAGGAUUGAGCAUGAUGGCUGUCUCUGUGUUAUCUAAUGAGUGUAUUAUUUCAAUCCUUGAGAAUUAUUGUACAACUUUGUGGCACUGAACAAUUAUACUUUAAAAAGAAUGAUACUUUCUUUCUUAAAGAUUGUGCGCUGAUGUAAAAGUAGGAUGACUUCUGGUCCCAGGAUCAUAAAAUGAUAAACAGAAGUCGAGAAUUGUCUCCUUUGAC